AUGUUGCAACAGUAUCAGCAACAACCGGAUUACACGCCCUACGGUGGCAUCGGGUACGGUGCGCAGCCCAACGCCGGUUACUUCAACUAUGCCGCCACCGAAUCCUGGUACGGUUCGCCGUCAUCAGGCGGCACCGAUCACGCGCAAAUGCAUGCCAGUUUAUCACAUAACGCGUGCAACACACAUAUCGGCGACAGUACAGGAAACUUCCUGAACCAUGGUUAUCAUCAGGCUACGUCGACAGGAGCGUCGACGUCUUCGGCAGAAUCGUUCGCCGCCAACAACCAUCCGGUGUCCCAGGCCGACAUGACAGACCCCAUGGCUGAUUUCUUGGGCGGCCACCAAAACAUGACCGAAAACGAUAAGAUCAUCAAGGAGGAGUCCAUAGACUGGCUCUCGACCAUCAUAAACGACGAAGUUGUCGAUCACGGCAACCGGUCCGACGCUUGUGAUGGGGGCGGUGGAGGUGUGGCGGGCUCAGGUGGUAACGGCAAACUCGUCGGUGACUUAACAUGCGAGGGCAGGGAGUCCAACGGCAGGUUGCCAAACUUUCAUCAGGCCUUCGGGUCCACCGAGAUAGGCAGGUUCUCGCAGCAUGAGUAUUACGAACCUCCGAAAGACACGGCAAUCGGCGAAUGUCAGUCGGCCGGUCGGUCGGGCUCAGCCGCCGCACAACAGCCCGGCGUCGGGACGUCUCAGCGAUCCGACGAACAGCACACGGCGGCGGCAUCGUCGUCGUUCGAACCACCGCGGCAACAGAACAGGCGUGGACGCGCGCAACGUGGCGGCGGCCAAAACAGGCGUAACAAGCAGACCAGAACGGCAGCCGCCGCUGCUGCAGCGGCUGCCGCCGUGGCCGCCCAACAGUACGCGGGUUACGACGUGACCGGUGCCGCGGUGGGCAGGCACCAGGUACCUCCGUACCACCACCAAGACCCGUACAACCGGAACCAUCAUCAUCACGCCCAACAGCAGCGGUAUCACCAAGAAUACCAUCACCAAAACCAGCAGACUCCGUACCAGAACCACCAACAGGAGUAUUACAGGCCGUACGACCGGAUGCAUUACCAGCAACAACAGCAGCCGUUGCCAUCGAACCAGUACUACAACAGCAGCAAUGGUAAUAACAACGGGGGCGGAGGCAGUGGCAGCAACAGCAACAUCAGCAUGAACAACAGUAACCGGGAACAGUCGUACGCUGGCGGAUACAACCGGUUUCACUCGUGCUGCUCUACAGAACACAUAGCCAGGCCCAGUCAUCACCACAACUACGGUCCGGGCCAGUACUACGGUGAUUACAACACCUACAACCAGUGGUGA